UUUCCUUGAUGCGAUAUAUACUUCACACGAUGCCACCGAGAAUUCUUGAAUUUCCAGAAGCCCCGAAUCGAUCCCCUCCUCACCACUCUCCGUCUAGCUAGCCGUCGUCCUCUCUUCCCUUAUCGAUCCGGCCACUGAACUCUUCUACCCUCUGAAGCAGGUAAGGACGAUUAAUCUGUUGAUACCGUUGUUAUCCGGCCGGGCCGGGGCCCCUUCCAUCACAUCACGUGUUGAGUUGCACCGACCUAUAGCUAGAGUAUAAACAUCAGCUAGCUCUGGAGGACCUUAUACCAAUGAUGCGUUGCAGGUGAUGGUUAGCGUGGUGAGCCCGAGCCCGAUGGUGAGGUCGGAGGAGGACCUGGGCCCGCCGUGGCUGCGGCCGCUGCUGGGCACGAGCUUCUUCGUGCCGUGCCGGUUGCACCCGGAGCUGAGCAAGAACGAGUGCAACCUCUUCUGCCUCGGCUGCACCGGCGACGCCCUCUGCGCCUACUGCCUCCCCGCCCACCGUGACCACCACGUCGUCCAGAUACGGCGGUCGUCGUACCACAACGUGAUCCGGGUGUCGGAGGUGGGGAAGCUGAUCGACAUCUCGCACGUGCAGACGUACGUGAUCAACAGCGCCAAGAUCGUGUUCCUCAACGGCCGGCCGCAGGCGAGGCCCGGCAAGGGCGUCACCAACACCUGUGAGAUCUGCUGCCGGAGCCUCCCGGACUCCUUCCGAUUCUGCUCCCUCGGAUGCAAGCUGGGAGGGAUGCAGUGGGACCCGAGCCUGACCUUCGCCAUCCGGCCGAAGCGCGGGCAGGGCUCCGGUGACGACGGGUCCGGCUCCGACGACUCGUUCAGCCCCAAGAAGCCCCGGAGGGCGGCCGGGUUCGAGCUCGGCCGCUUCGACCGGCCGGGCAUCCGGUGGUCCGACGACGAGGGCAGCAGGUCCAACAUCACGCCGGGGACGCCGCCGAUCAGCCGGUGCCGGCCGUCCAGGAGGAAGGGCAUCCCACACCGCUCCCCGUUCUACGGUUAGCCAAACACCGGUGCAAUGCAACACACUCAGCCUUCUCUUUUUGAGCAAAAUGUGUCAGCUGGUCACUUGCUUGAUAGUAUUAGCUAGCUUGAUACAUACGUAUAGUUGUACCAUAUAUCUCAAUGUAUUGACAAAGUUUGUCAAGCAUAUGUAGACAUAAUAUGAAAGAAGAUAGAAACAUAGCUAGGUACGUAGGGUUUAGUUUGGGUAGGUCGAGAUUGAUAUGUGAAAAUGUGAAGGAAUAAGCUAGCAGCAUCAUGUAUUUAUCUCGGUUUGUAGAAUUUGGCUAUUUGCCCCCACCACCCAAAGCGUUUAUUAGCGUUGUGGUGUGUAAGCUUGUUGUUGUUUUACUGGGAGAAAAGAAAGGAAAAAGGAAUAAUUACUGUCUUGUGUUAUGUAACUUA